UUUUUUUUUUAAUUUUAUAUAUAUACAUAUAUAUAUAUAUAAAUUCUCGCACUGCAUGUGUUGUUAACCUCUGGGCUAAGAAACAGACUAACCAAUCAGUAGCCUUUCAACGGAAAAUCAAGUCAUACCACAUAAAAUUGAGAUAUUUAUUUUGUUUUUGUUUGUGGAGCCAUAACAACUGAAAAAUGGAUAUGAAUGAUGGUUGGAAUGAUUCCGAGUCCGAGGCUGAUUCGGGCCGCGGCUCCAAUUGGAGCGAAACCCUAAGCGAGCCGAGUAACGAUGUCGCCCAGCAGCAUGGUCCAGCUGUUGACGAGAAUAUUCCACAACAGUUGGCGCUACUGUGCAAUAAUAGGAUCUAUGAUCUGGUGCCCGAGGGCGAUUAUGAUAAUAUCGGGGAUGAGCUGGAAAAGUGCACACUUACGAUUGAUCUGGCCGAUGAGGUUGCCCAAUUGAAUCCAGCACUCGCCUUACGGAACCCAGAGCCCAUCAUAAUGGAUGACAACGAUUCUUCGUCACAGGGGGGGAAUAUUGAACCACCUGGUUCCAUUCGCAUGGUUAAGCCUUCAUUUACAGUUGUUUAUACGGUCUGCAAGUGUGUUUACGAUAGCAACAAUAAGUUGAUAUCCAGCAAAAUAGCACACACCGAGGCAUUUCCAUGCUAUGAUCUAUCCGAAGACGAUGAACAGAAUGUGGAUGAGGACAAUGGGGGGGUCGAAUAUAUGUUUUCCGAUGAAGUUUAUGAAGAGAAUAACAAUAACAUUGAUAACGAUGAUGAUGAGCAGCCGAUACCAUUUAAACGCAUGAAACUUGAGCCCCAUCCAUAAUAUCAUUUCCUAACUCUAUAUAUAACUAAUUGUUAACUGAGAAACAGACAAAACACAAACAAACACAAACAUGAAACACGAAAAAAAAAAACAAACAAAACUACAUUAACAACGAGACCAAAUAAAUAUCUACUAGUUGAUUUCAUUA